AAACCUGUCUUGCGCCUUAAACCGAAAGGUCGAAUAUAUUCCUUGACUGUAUGUGGCGCUGUGCGAUUAUGUAGUUGGUUUGCAACCGGCUAAUAAACACACUGAAGAAGAGAAAUCAGGUGACAUGCAGGGCUGUAAACAGGAACAUGGUUAAAUUAAGAUUAAAUAUAAUUAUAUUAGUGUAACAGUGAAGUAACAUAGUUUAGUUUCGGUAGGAAUAUUUUCUGUUCACUUCAAUUAUAAAAAUUUGUGACGCUAAAUUGAUUGUAGUUUUAGCCUUUUGAUUGAAGUUCCUUUUUGCUUUCCGCUAAUUUCUAUUUAGUGUCCACAUAACCGGAUACAUUACUGAGAUAUAUUUAUACUAGUAAAUCAUGGCUUCUUCGGUUAAAAUCGGAGAGAGAUUUCGCCAGAAGGCGAGAGAUUUACUGGAGAGAGGAUCUGCCGUGUCAGAAGAGCUGAAGGAAGAAUUGAAGGCUCUGACAGAUCAGUCCAUCAUACCAUUCAAGACUGUGAGAAAACUACACAAGCUUCUUCAAGAAAAUGGACAUCCAGUGUAUCUUCACGAGCUGUUUGAAGACAGUACACUUCAUCUUCCAGAAGUUAUCACACCUCCAAGGAACCCCCAGCUGGUGGCCCGUCUAGAAAAAAUUAAAGCAAAACUCGCAAAUGAAGAAUAUAAGAGAAUAACACGGAAUGUAAAUCCACAGGAAAUGAAUCAUCAUGGAACUUUAGCAGAUUUUGGACGACAAGUGCGGUCCGUGAAGGCAGUUGUUGUUACUGUAUUCAACUUCCUAGUAACCAUAAUUGCGGCAUUUGCCUGUUCAUAUCUUGGCAGCCAGUAUAUCUUCACCGAGACAACAGCGAGAGUACUAGCUGCAGUGAUUGCAGCGUCUGUUGUCGGUCUUGCUGAGCUUUAUGUUUUGGUCCGGACUAUGGAAGGAGAACUUGGAGAGCCCUAAUACCAACUAAAAUCAUUCAGUAUUCCAAUACUUCCAUAUUUUUUGUCUCAUCAUUAAUGUUUUGCACUGUGCAUCUUCUUUUUCUGUUUGCUUAGCUCCUCUCCAAAUCACAACAGUGAGGUUGACUGAUUAGUCUUGAUCUAAUAUAAGGUAUAAAGGCUUUUUCCAAGCAUUAAUCAUAAGUUUUAUUAAUCAGUCGGGUGGUUUUGGAAACCACUUCUUUGAUCUCAAAACACUAGAAGGUACAUGAUCAUAUUGUAGUCUUGUGUUUCACAUUUGUUGUAUUUAUUUGAAUGCCCUCUACAGAAGUGUAUCUAAGAAACAUAACUGUAAAUGAUUUGUGCUUUGUUUAUUGUGAUUGUUACUGACUCACAAGAUGUUGUGUGGGAAAAUGUUUUUUUUUUUCACAAGAAAAUCAUAAAAAAACAUUCAAGAAGUUAAAUUGAGUCAAAACUAUUUAAAAGAAAAAAAAAAAUUAUUAAAUCACACUCCCUGGUGAUGCUCGCUAUGGAGAGUCCAGCUUUGUUUAACCAGGUUUACAGCAUUUUCCGGUUAUAACGCAGAUCCAGUGCUUACUGUAUGUUGUGUACUGUACAUCCUACACAUGCAACCUGUGUAUCUGAGCUUUGGGGAAGCUAUAGAAACACAGUAUGAAAGACAAACAGAAACGUGCAGCUCAUAUGGUGGCGUAUGAAACGUUGCUCUUAUGCCACUGAAAAUUAGAAAAAAGACAACAGUUAUAAAAAAAUGUGCCAGUCUAUCUGAGAACAAAAGAUAUAUUGUACCUUAUUUCCUGUACAUUUCUAAUUCUUUCAUUAGUAAAUAUGAAAUCUGCUAACAGAUUUUCAUUUCUCUAUCUUUGCAGUCUAUAAAUUGGCUCCAUAAUUCACUGAUCUUAAAAUAAUAGUUUAGCCAAAAAUGAAAAUUUA